UUGCUCUUCUGGAAUGAGCCCGCAGCGCGCCGACUGACAAACUACCAGUUCGUUGGCACAGAGCCUCUCCCGCCAUCACCCAGGCCAGAGCCCUGAGGGCAGCAUGUGAAUGGAGGUGGAGAAGUCUGCUGCUGUCGCUGCUGGUGCUGGUCCUACUGCUGCUGCUGCUGCUGCUGCCGUGGCUGCCGUGGCUGAGGAAGAGGGGAGAGUCACCACCACCGCCGUCCGCCUGCCUCCCGUCACUCUCAGAGCCAUGGCCAAGGGAGAGAGAGCAGCCGCCGAGGGCUCACCGGCCGACAAGCUCGUCAUGAAGCACCCCAAGCCCAUCUUUGCCAAAGUCCCACACCAGACCAUCGUGGAACAGAAGCUGUCAGUGAGCAGUAAGCUGUGCUUCGCCAUCGGAGGAGCACCCAAUCAGGUUGCAGGAAGUGCCACAGCGUUCUUCCUGCAGAUCUUCCUGCUGGAUGUCGCCCAGAUAAACCCUUUCCAGGCCUCCAUGGUCCUCUUCAUUGGGAAGGCCUGGGGUGCCGUCACUGAUCCCGUCGUUGGCUUCUUCAUCACCAAAAGCAAAUGGACGAAAAUUGGACGGUUGAUGCCAUGGAUGGUUGGCUGCACCCCAUUUGUGGUGGUGGCCUACUUUUACCUCUGGUUCGUCCCGCCCUACGCAAACGGCAAGUUCAUGUGGUAUCUGGGCUUCUACUGCCUGUACCAGACCCUCAUCACGUGUUUUCACGUGCCUUACUCAGCCCUCACUAUGUUCCUCAGUACGGACCAGAGGGAGAGGGACUCUGCCACGGCCUACCGUAUGACGGCAGAGGUUCUGGGCACACUCGUUGGCGCUGCCAUCCAGGGUCAGAUCGUGGCCAGUGCCCACACGAUGAAGCACUGCCUCCAUCACAACCUGUCCACCAGUCACCUGGGCAACAGCAGCGGCUCCGAGGUCGUCAAGAGCCUGGCGCUCUCGCAGGACUUCCUGUCUCAUGCGAGAGAGGUCUACAUGAUCGCAGCAGGGGUGAUCGGUGGGAUAUUUCUGAUCUGCACUGUGGUGAUGUUCUUGGGAGUUAAAGAGAAAGACGAUCCAUACGUACCCAAGACGGAGAAGCAGAUUUCUUUCCAUGAGGGCCUUGUGCUGGUGAUGCGGCACGGGCCGUACCUCACGCUCACCGCUGCCUUCCUCUUCAUAUCGGUGGCCAUCCAGCUGGUGCAGAGCAAUUUUGUCCUCUUCUGCACUUACGCCGUGGACCUGCGAGACCACUUCCAGAACAUUGUUUUGACCAUCCUGAUCUCAGCCGUGGUGAGCAUCCCGUUUUGGCAGUGGUUCCUUGAGAGGUUUGGCAAGAAGACGGCAGCGUUCUGUGGUAUCACGUGGAUCAUGCCCUUCACCGUCAUGCUGGUCUUCAUCCCAAACCUGGUUGUGGCCUAUGUGGUGGCUGUCUCGUCCGGCCUCAGCGUCGCAGCCUCGCUUCUGCUGCCAUGGUCCAUGCUGCCUGAUGUGGUGGACGAUUUUCGGCUGGCCAACCCUUUCUCUAAGGGACACGAGGCCAUCUUCUACUCCUUCUACGUGUUCUUCACCAAGUUUGCCGCCGGGAUAUCACUGGGAGUCUCAACACUUUGUUUGGAGUUUGCAGGCUAUGACACAGGAGCGUGCCGGCAACCCCCACCAGUGGCGUACACACUGAAGCUUCUGAUUGGUGCAGCACCUGUGGCUUUCAUUGUGACAGGGCUGAUGAUUCUUCUCCUGUACCCAAUCAGUGAGGACGUGCGACUGCGGAAUAAGCUAGCCCUAGAAGAGCUCAGGUUGCAGUCUGUGUAGUGGGGCCGCUGUAAGGCUCAGGGUCGGGUUUCCCAGAUUCGUUAAGAAGCUCUUAAGUGCUAAGAACUUCUUAGGAGCGUUGUUAGAACGUUCUGAUAGCGCUCCUAAGACUUUCUUAGCACUUAAGAGCUUCUUACCGAAUCUGGGAAACCCGGCCCAGGACUGUGGACUUGUGUAAUCCCCCAUGUAUAACCAUGUAACAUCAUACUGCAACUUUUAAAUUACUUUUAAAAAAACUCUUGCUGUAAAUGUCAGCAAAGCUUGAGAACAAUUCCUUGGGGGACAUUGGUCGCCGAGCCAAGUUAGUGACCUUCUGUUGACCUUUGCCAGAGGUGCUUUGCUUCUAUUCUGAAGUUCCGUUUCUCGGAAAAGCAAGCUCUCUAAGACGGUAAUAGCGCAUCCAUCCCAGAAAGGAAUACUACGAAGUGAGGUUACUAGGUUACCCAGGUAACCUCGGGACUUACUGCUGAUCUCGAAACAGAAGCAAUACAUACAGUUAAGCGUUCCUUUGGAGAUCAACAGUUUCUCCUGAAGUCACCGGGGUAAACCAUUACCCUCACAUCUCUCGGGUCCCUUGGAGAGUACCUGUGUGUAUUAGCUACGGAACUGAACAAAGGCACAGGUUUUUUGCAUUCCAGUAUUACGCUGGGAUGAGUUGUGUUAGUGUAUAUUACACUGUGGAACAGAAAUAUCAUACAAAUAUAUCAUGUUUUCAUGUAAACAUUUAAGUUUGUUUCUGUAUUUUCACAAGAACUUGUACGGUUGAUUGUUAUUAUUACAUAAGGAUUGUAUUGUGAUCUUGGAUUAAAGAUAUAACCAAUAACAUGUUGAUUCAUCCA